GGGAAGUGAUGCUGCGUCCUACGUGAGGCCGAACUUUGUCUUCUAGCAAACUAGUUGGUUCAAAGUGAAAUCAUCGCUGCGCUGGCCGGCCGCACUCGAAGUUGAUGUAAGAUGAGCGAGUCCAGCACUGAGUCGCCCCCUGACAUUGAAACGUGGACCAAAGAGGACGUCCAACACUGGCUGCUGACAGAGGUCAAAGUCGAUCAGAGUUGCGCCGACACGUUCAUGAAGGAGGACGUGUCUGGACGAUAUCUGGUUGACUUUGAGAAGAGAGAACUAUUAGGCAUAGGAAUAAAACACGGCCCUGCGGUCAAAAUCACAUCUCAUCUAAAAAGACUCAAAGAGGGAUCUCAGUUUGAGCCACAGUCCCCAGCGGACGUGGAAAGCUGGACAAAGGAGGAGGUGGCCCGGUGGUUACUGCAGAGCGUGAAGGUGGACGAUAAAAAAGCAGAACGGUUCAAAGAGGAAGAUGUGUCCGGAGAUUGUCUCGUUUGCUUCGACAAGCAGGAUUUUCUGGAUCUGGAGCUGAAAAAGGGCCCCGCUGUCAAGAUCAUGAAAGAGCUCGACCGACUGAAAAAGGAAGAGUCGCCGCCGCAGCCCGUCAGCCGCCCCUUCAGAUGGUCCCUAAGGGCCAAAAAUAAGCAAGAAAGCAAGAAGAUCAAAGCGCAGCUGCAGGAGACAAAGUGGAGAGAAACUGCCGAGAGUCCUGCCCCGCUGAUCAAAACCACCUUGGAUAAACUUUCUACAGAUGAUCGCAGGUCUUUUUAUUUCCAGCUAAGAUAUUACACCGAGUCGGGGUGCAAACCCAUUCCUUGGGGCAAACUGGAAGGUAAGGACACCACUGACGUCGCUACGCUGGUGACUGACCACUAUGGACAUGAUGAGGCUUUACACAUCACAAAGAAAAUCCUCCAAAGAAUGAGUCAGCGUCAGCUUGUUUCACAGCUGGACGGAAACACGGAUCAAGAGAAGCUCCGUUACAAAUGCUGUGACGAAGAGGAGGACACGGAGGACACAGUGAAGUCCGACUCAUCCUCCUGUUCCAGAUGUAAACACAAGAAAACGCAGGAGAGAAAUUCUUUUAGCUUCAACAUGAAUGUCAAAAUGACUUUGCCGUGCUGCAAAUAACCAGAUUUAAUGUGGCGGCUGGACAUUAAAAAAAGGCUAAACAUUUAUUUAACUGAUUUUUAACUCACUGAUGUUUUUUGGCACCAAAAUCUCUCCGAGUCAGUCCCACCGCUGUCCAUGUGGUUGCUGUUUUGCACAAUUUUGUUGUUUGCUGACUGAAAGAGAAGAGGAAGAUAAGAUUUAGUUUUUUUACUUAGCCGUUUGGGGUGACAUCUUUCCCAAAAUGUCCUGAAAAUGCAAAUGUAAGGUGAGCUAAAUUAAUGCAAAUAAAUGCUAUCAAGUUGCUUUCACCAUGGUUUAAAA